GAAAUCACCCCCGAAGUGUGUUCUACUUUGGACCUGAUCAGCUUAGUAAAAAUCAGAAGCAGAGCAACACUCACCAAAAGUAGGUGGAGAGGAAAUAGUAAAAAUCACAACCCAAAACCGGGUCAAACGGCAAAAGUUCAACCUUACUUCGGUCGGUCGGUCGGUCAGUCAGUCAGAACAGAAGUGGCUCAUUUCCAUCCGAUAUAGUGACAGACGGGUGAAGUGCGAGAAGCAGACAGAAGCUGGACACCGGUAGCUGCUUUGCCACCCGUGGCGUAGGCGAACGGUUGAGCUUCAUCGUCAGUGGUUCAGAAUGGAGACGAUUAACAAGGAAAAUAUACAAAUAGGUGAUAAUAAUAUUGGACCAACAGUCAUAGCAGCAGCGACGGCCACGAUAGCCAGCCCUGCACUAACACCACCACCACCAACGACGACGACGACGAUGUCGAUGACGAUUUUCAAGCUGCGAGACGAAAAGUCCCAAAUCGAAAAAUCAGUUCACUCUCAGUCACAGUCGCCGUCGCAGCAGCCAGCGAAUACGGGAUUACGCGCGUGGUUCCGCAAAUCGAAUACUUGUGGCAGUUUGUACGUGAAGUGUAGUUGCAGCUCGUCGGAGGGCGGACCUCAUGCCAAAACUGCAGUAGGGGUGGGUAAAGGUGUGAGUAGUUCUCAAAGCAGCCACAGUCGCAAUCGCAGUAGGCCGUUCUCGACAUCGGAGAAGGAUUUUCGCAAGAUAAAGUUAGUGCAUGCUUUCGCGCAUCCCGACACGACUACUUUGUUUACCGAUGAGAAUAAAUACGCGAAUAACAUUGGAGAAUCACCGACGCGUCCACUGAUUACUUCUGCUCAGGCUGGCGAGUUUGAAGUUCUGCACUCGACACAUUCCAAACGGUUAUCGAUUCCGAACAUCGAUCCGGACUAUGCGUUCCAUCCGGAGUUCGUGCUCAAGAAGAUAACACCGAAAAGUAACGGUUUCAGUAAGGAGGAAAAAUCCGCGUCCAUUUCCAUUCCAUCGUCACGCAAAAUCUACCUGAAGAAAGGAUCCAAAAGCUUCCCAGGACUGUCUCCUUCCAACAGUAGCGUUGAUUCAAUUCUACGCUCUUUCGCGCGAAAUUAUUCGGAAUCCUCGAGUGUAGACGAAGUUAACGAAGAAGAAGAGCAGCAGAGCUGUCAAGCUUGUGGGAUUGAAGAAUUCAGCAGCAGUUCACAGGAUUCGUAUAUUUCAUUUACUGCAGAGCAAGAUCCUAACCGAGGUUCAUUCAGCAACUGCAACAUACGGCAACUUUCGCUCAAAUAUGCCGGAAUCGGUAGUGGAGGGUAUGAAGAAACUAGUUUAGCGAAGGACGACAAAACUAUUAGUGAAGGUGAUAUUCAUUUAGAGGAGGACAAGGAAAGUGUUCCGAUUUCUCCGAGUACAGCUAGCGUUUGUCCGGUUGAAGACCCCUGCUGUAGUGAUAUUGUUUGUGAUAGUGAACAAAGUGUUUGUAAUCGAGUCAGUAACAGCAAUGACAGCAGCCCUCAACCGACGCAGCUGCUAAAUCCGUCUCCGUGUUCGACGGCGAAUCGAACCGUCAAACCAAAGCUAGAUCCUUCGGCGCAUGAGUUUUUCAUUCUAUCCGGAAUCCUAGGACCAAUGGGCAAUGGAUCGUCACUCAUGCGGAAAACCUCCAAGAUUGUGCCGAAUGUCGAUGCACCGGUCAAGGAGAAGAUUCGCAAAAACUCAAAGCUACUGUACGGCAAACGGACGGUCCUAACGAACGGGCGGCGGAAGUCCAUCCCACCUGCCAGCAACUCGGACAGUUUCCAGUCGUACGGCAGCACUCCGACGCUGUCCGGUGAAAACCGCAAAACACUGGAAGAUGAAAUCGUCGGUCUGCGGCAGUUGUUGAAGGUUCGAGAUGAGGAAAUCAGCAAACUGAAGCGGGAGAUUGACAAACUGAAAAGUGUCCUCCAGCAGACGGCAACGAGCAGUUUGGAGCUUCAGCAGCAGCAGGAGAAUCCGACGCCGACGGCCAACUCGAAGGUCAAUCAUGUUGUUGAGGGCGAUCUGCUGUCCAGUAUUCAGACCAACUACGUUAUGGCCGGUCAGCACUUGCCAAUAUCCGAACUGUAUCGCAUCUCCGGCAAGGGUUACAAUUUGAUUCACUCAAAAAUCAGUAAUAAUAAUGGAACUAACGGAAUUACUAAUAGUUAUAACAACAAUAAUAAUAACAACAACAGCGGUAAUAAAGGGGCAGUGCUGAUGGCAAUGAAAAAGCAGGGUGUCUCCGGAGAAAGUUGCGAACUGAUGGGCAGUCCUUCUGAUAUUAAAAUUCCUAAAUAUGAAAAGGAUUACAGCGCCAAGCAACUGAUCAAGGAUGCCAUUUUGGAGAAUGACUUCUUCAAGAACAUCGACUCGUUGCAAAUCCGUGAAAUUGUCGAUUCGAUGUACAGCCGUGAAUACCACAGUGGCGAAUACGUGAUCCACGAGGGUCAGGCCGGGUCCCAUCUGUACGUUUCGGCUUCCGGGGAGUUCGAGGUGCUGAAAGAUGGCCAACUGCUGGGAUGUAUGGGUCCCGGAAAGGCAUUCGGUGAACUGGCCAUUCUGUACAAUUGCACCCGGACGGCUUCGAUUAGAGUUUUGUGUGAUUCGCGAGUUUGGGUUCUGGACCGGCGGGUAUUCCAGCAGAUAAUGAUGCGAACUGGGAUGCAGCGGAUGGAGGAGAAUGUAAACUUCCUGCGGUCGGUGCCUCUACUGAAGAAUCUGAGCAACGAUGUACUUACUAAAAUUGCUGACGUGUUGGAAGUGGAAUUCUACCCGGCCGGGGCGUACAUCAUCCGUCAAGGGGCAGCCGGAGACACGUUCUUCCUAAUCAGCCAGGGUACGGUGAAGGUCACGCAGCGUAUGCCAGGAUGUUCCGCCGAGGAGGAGAUAAGAAUUCUCGGCCGCGGGGAGUACUUUGGCGAGAAGGCUCUCAUCAAGGAGGACAAACGAACGGCAAACAUUAUUGCCAUGUCGCCGGGAGUGGAGUGUCUCACGCUGGAUCGAGAGUCCUUCACCAAGCAUAUCGGGGAUCUGUGCGAGCUGCACGAGAAGGACUAUGGCGAUGCCGAGCGGGUUUUGGCUUUCCGCAAUUUGGAGAACAAUUUACCGGCGUUGGACAUUGUUAAACCGGAACUGAUGGAUGUGGAACUUUACGAUCUGGAAAUAGUGGGGACUUUGGGUGUUGGUGGUUUCGGGCGGGUUGAAUUGGUCAAAUUGGAACGAAACGGGGUUGUUCAGGUGUAUGCCCUCAAAUGUAUGAAGAAGAAACAUAUCGUAGAUACUCGACAGCAGGAGCACGUGUACAGCGAGCGGAAGAUUAUGUUGGCCUGCAACAGUCCUUUCAUCUGUCGACUCUAUCGAACAUAUCGAAACGACCGGUACGUCUAUAUGCUGUUGGAAGCUUGCAUGGGCGGUGAGGUGUGGACAAUUCUGAGGGACCGCUCGUACUUCGACGAUGGAACGGCAAAAUUCAUCGUCGGAUGUGUGCUGAAGGCGUUCGAGUUUCUGCAUGCCAGAGGCAUUGUGUAUCGUGAUCUGAAGCCGGAAAAUCUUCUGCUGGACUCGAAGGGAUAUGUGAAAUUGGUGGACUUUGGAUUCUCAAAAUUUAUCGGAUACAGCAGUAAGACAUGGACAUUUUGCGGAACACCCGAAUACGUAGCUCCCGAGAUUGUACUGAACAGAGGUCAUGAUCGAUCCGUCGAUUACUGGGCGCUUGGAGUGUUGAUCCACGAGCUGCUGACUGGAAUACCUCCGUUCGCAGCGGCUGACCCGAUGAAGACGUACAACAUCAUUCUGAAGGGAAUUGACAUGGUAAAUUUUCCGAAGCACAUGUCCCGCUCGGCAAUCAGCCUAAUCAAACGGCUCUGUCGGGAUAUCCCCUCGGAACGGUUGGGUUACCAGCGGGGAGGAGUUCAGGAUAUUAAAAAGCACAAAUGGUUCCAGGGAUUCGAUUGGGAAGGACUGGCGAAUCUAACCCUGAAAUCUCCACUGCAACCGAAGCUGAAAGGACCGAUGGAUUUAUCCAAUUUCGACGUGUUUCCAAAGGACACCGAGACGGCACCGGACGAGAAUUCCGGGUGGGAUGCAAACUUCUGAGCAGACCAGGAAGGAGCAUUGUGCGAAAUUUUAGUUUGUAGAAAUUUUCAAGUGCCCUAGCCUUACCGUAGCUUUAAGCAAUGACGUGGAGCUCAUUAUUUUAUACUAUUAAAUAGAAUGCACGGAAUAGAACCCUGUGGCCUUAGAUUUGUGAGAUCGGCAACUUAUCUCUCGUUGUUACGGAUGAAAAAAAAACAGAUUGCUUUCUAAAAAAUAGAGUGCUGGAGUUUGAAUAUUUGAUAAGCUUUAUUAU